AUGCCAGCCAACCUGACUGAGGGCAGCCCCAGUUCCAACGGGACCUCUCAGACGCUGGAUUCUUCCCCAGUCCUCUGCACCGGCACAGUGACUUUCACUGAAGUGGUGGAAGGAGAGGAAUGGGGCUCCUUCUACUACUCCUUUAGGACUGAGCAGUUGAUAACUCUGUGGGUCCUCUUUGUUUUCACCAUUGUUGGAAACUCCGUCGUGCUGUUCUCCACGUGGAGGAGGAAAAGGAAGUCAAGAAUGACCUUCUUUGUGACUCAGCUGGCCAUCACAGACUCUUUCACAGGACUGGUCAAUAUCUUGACAGAUAUCAUUUGGCGAUUCACUGGAGACUUCAUGGCACCUGAUCUGGUCUGCAGAGUGGUCCGCUAUUUACAGGUUGUGCUGCUCUAUGCCUCUACCUAUGUCCUGGUGUCCCUCAGCAUAGACAGAUACCACGCCAUCGUCUACCCCAUGAAGUUCCUGCAGGGAGAAAGGCAAGCCAAGGUCCUCAUCGUGAUUGCCUGGGGCCUCUCUUUCCUGUUCUCCAUUCCCACCCUGAUCAUAUUUGGGAAAAGGAAACUCCCCAACGGCGAAAUGCAGUGCUGGGCCCUGUGGCCUGACGACUCCUACUGGACCCCGUACAUGACCAUCGUGGCCUUCCUGGUGUACUUCAUCCCUCUGAUGAUCAUCAGCAUCGUCUAUGCCAUUGUGAUCCGAACUAUAUGGAUUAAGAGCAAAGCCCAUGAGACGGUGAUUUCCAACUGCUCAGGUGGAAAGCUGUGCACCAGCUACAACCGAGGGCUCAUCUCAAAGGCAAAAAUCAAGGCCAUCAAGUAUAGCAUCAUCAUCAUUCUUGCCUUCGUCUGCUGUUGGAGUCCAUACUUCCUCUUUGACAUUUUGGACAACUUCAGCCUCCUUCCAGACACCAAGGAGCGUUUCUAUGCCUCUGUGAUCAUUCAGAACCUGCCAGCAUUGAACAGCGCCAUCAACCCCCUCAUCUACUGUGUCUUCAGCAGCUCCAUCUGUUUCCCCUGCAGGGAGCAAAAAUCACAGGAUUCCAGAAUGACAUACCGGGAGAGAACUGAGAGGCACGAGAUGCAGGUUCUGUCCAAGCCAGAAUUCAUCUAG